UGGAGGGCUUUGUGCUCUAUUUUAUGGUAGAGGGCAACUAUACUAGACCUAUCCCUAUCUCGACGGACAUAAAGACUUCCUGUUGGAGAGCAGUGGUAGAGGAACUGUCCGAGUGCCAUUGUCAUUACUCGCGGCCUGUCCAUGGGCAUGAACGUUUGUGUGUGUGUAAAAACAAAGGAAUGUUGCAGAUCUUUCUGCCCCCAAGGCUGUCUUAUCUAUACAUUAGGAAGACUGUGUGCAGGAUUCCUGUUUUUUGUACUGUAAGAAGCAAUGUCUCCAUCACGCUUCGGCAGUAUUGCUUUCAUCUAUCCUGUCUUGGCUGGUAGAUGAAGAAUGUACAAUGGCAGGAGGAAGGGAACAGCUUUCUGGAGUGAAAUGCAACCCUGAUCAGUCAGUUUAGUUUCAAUGUUUGUCCUCUCGUCAAAACCGGAAAGGCAAAAAACAGCUGUUCAUCAGGACCUUGAUUAGCUGAGUAGAACCUUCAUUGACAGUUGGGGUGAUCUUCUGUCUGUAAAAGCACUAAUUCACGGCUGUUCUACUACAGUUCAAAACUUGACAUUUUGUCUAUACAGUUUACAAGCAUAGCUUAAAGCAGAAAACAAAAUUCCAAUAUCAGGUGACAGGUUUUACCCUUUAUUUUGUAUUUGCUGAGUGUCUUAAACUGCAGUAGGGAUUCUCUCUGGCUUUGACCGAGUUGAGAUAUACUAUUUGCUUGGUGACUGAAUGCAUACUGGUAAGGUAGGCAGUAAAACUGAGUCUUCAGAGGUUGGCUCUCUAGGUCUACUGUCUGAUAGAGAUGGGUAUAAAGUCUGCAGACUGAUAUUAUUUUAGAUGUCUAUCUAUGUCUCUUAUUUUAAACUGGCUAAUAAUUGAAAUGUUGAUUUACAAUAAUUUAGAAGUGCCUUCUACAUUUAAAGUGUCCUAGUAUACUUCACCUCUUUAGAAUACCAUGGUGAUUGAUUUAACAAGGUUCACCUUUUAAAAUGUAAUAUAUUGGAGAGGGAAGCAGGCUAAAGAUUUGCACAUGUCACCUUGGUUUACACUUCCCAGUAUAGAGUUCUACACCAUGUGUGCGAUUUAAACCAGAGAUCAACUCACUAGAGAAGCUUGGACAGGACACAAUAUGGAUGAGUAUACCAACCUGAGGCAGUGUGACAGUCAGUUGCAUAGAAGCUUGGUGUUAUUUUAUUUUAACUAGGUAAGUCCGUUAAGAACAAAUUCCUAUUUACAAUGACGGUCUACCGGGGAACAGUGGGUUAACUGCCUUGUUCAGGGGGCAGAACGACAUAUUUUUACCUUGUCAGCUCGGGGAUUCGAUCCAGCAAACUUUCGGUUACUUGGCCAACGCUCUAACCACUAGGCUACCUGAGUGUAGCCCACAAGGGAAAUAGCAAGUGGAAUAAUUUACCCGCUGCGCAACCUGGCUAUAGAAUGGUUUGUCCUAGUCGAGUCCCAUAGUGUUGUCCUUGCUUGCGAUUGGUCAUCUCCCAACUGUUACACAAGACAUGAACAUGAUUUGUGUAUGCAGCAUUUACCGCAUUUGUGUUGAGCAGAUUUUGCCUUACAGUUUACGUCAAAAGGUACUAGUGUAGUAAAUUAAACUGACCUCUACAUUUACAUGGUGUAAAUAAUGAGUGGUACAUCCUACAUGCAUUAAUUAUGGAAAAUGUAGUUUGACAAAGUACAUGAAGUCGUCCUAGCAGUGUAUUGGAAGUAUUGCAUACACUACAUAUCCUAGCUUGCACCGCGUCGACAGCAGUCGUGUGUUGGUUCUCCAAGAUGGCGUCGUUGGGAAGGAGGCGCGGUGUCCAAGUCAACAGGGAGAGGGGAGUGAUGGCGGCAACGGACUGCUACAUCGUUCACGAGAUCUACAAUGGGGAGAAUGCACAGGACCAGUUUGAGUACGAGCUGGAGCAGGCACUGGAGGCACAGUACAAGUACAUUGUGAUCGAGCCCACGCGCAUUGGCGACGAGACGGCCCGCUGGAUCGCCGUGGGCAACUGCCUGCACAAGAUGGCCGUGCUGUCUGGUACCGCCUGCCUCCUGACGCCGCUCUCACUACCGCCCGAGUACUCGCGCUACGUAGCACUGCCCACUGGUGCCCUCAGCGUGGCAUGCUCCACCCUCUAUGGAAUCUCCUGGCAGUUCGAUCCCUGCUGCAAGUACCAGGUGGAGUACAACAGCCAAAAACUCUCGCGGCUGCCCCUGCACACACUCACCUCCUCCACGCCAGUGGUGCUGGUGCGCAGGGACGACAUCCACAGAAAGAGACUCCACAACACGAUAGCGCUGGCCGCCCUGGCCUACUGCGCCAAGAAGAUCUACGAACUCUACGCGGUAUGAGCACACUCUGAAGAGGUUUUAAAAAUAUAUAUAUCAGGAAAAGGAGUCCGCCAAGUGGAAGCCAUGCGCACAGUCGAGGGUUUGCCCCUAGCCCCCCCCCCCACCCCACUUGAGCGGGUGCUUCAUUUUGAGCUGUUUGAUGGAUAUAGUUAAAUCUAGAAGGAAUUAUUUUUACCUUCUAAUUUUCUUUACUUGUAAGUGACAUCACCAGUGCACUUAUCCAUAUGGAACCCUUGUGCCUCUUCCCCGUCCCUGUACCCCUCAAUACACUAAGUUAGUGCACAAGGGUAGCUAAGUAAAACUAAAUAGACUGAAUCGUGUUGCAGUUGAAAUGGACAGACUUAAGUAUUACCAACAUUUGUCUAUUCCUUGUAGUUUACCUGUAUCCCUUUCUUGCUGAUCAGUACGUCACCCUUUCAUUAAACAUUAGUAUAUUUCAAA